AUGGGACAGGGAGACCGUCAGUUCAAAGAGGCUGCCGGUGAUAGUGAUGAUGAUGAUGACAGCGGUGGUCAGGCAGCCGGAAGACGCUCACGCAAAUGGAAAGAGCGUGCAGUACCUCCGGAACUCAUGCGACCUUCCAUAAUGGUUACCAUGGUGGACCCUGAUGCUCUAGGGGCAUUCUUUAUCCCCGUCCCACCACCUACUUAUGACUGGAAUGAUCCCCUGAACGAACCUUCGUUCAUCAGAAUUUUGACCAAAAUAACUUUCCCUGAGCUAUGCAACAUGAUCCUGAAGCACACCGCAGCCGGCAGAGCAGUCAGAACUAUUUGGGGGGCAAUUGAGAAUGUCCCCCCAGCAGCUGUUCCUCCCGUUCGGCCGGUGGAGGUACAAAUUACCGAUUCAGAGGAGCUCGAAGGUUGGUUGAAGAACAGCAAUGCCAGGCCUCGGAGAAUAUUGGUGGUUCUCCACAGAGCAGGUGUGGUUCCGAACCUGGGUGGUGCGGGAUCCCCCCCGUUGAACCCGGCUUUCCCUCACGUUGAGGAAGAUGAUUAUAGCAUGAUCGAUAUUCCUGCAGAGGAUUCGGAUUACGAGGAGGGAAAGCACCGGAUAAAUGCCAAAGGAUUGAGGGUAUAUAUGCCUAGAACUGAUGCCAGUAAUCAAAGGCUAAUUCAGACUCUUAGGCAUCGCGAUAGGCAGCAGGAUGCUAUCGACGAUUUAGACCCCAAAUACCUUAGGAAGUAUCCUUUGGGUGUCGGGGUUGCUGACCCAAACUUCUUACAGGGGACGAACUGGACACCUGCCGGGAUAGCAGCCAAGAGAGCUGCUGACGCACUCGCGGCUGCUGGUGCUGGAGGAGGAGGAGGUGGUGCUGGAGGAGGAGGAGGUGGUGCUGGAGGAGGUGGUGGUGGUGGUGGUGGUGGUGGUGGUGGUGGUGAUGGUGGUGGUGGUCUAGGACCUCCACUGCCUCCGGGCGGACCUCCUCCUCCCCCGGGCGGCGGUGGUGGUGAAGGACCAGCUGGAGGCGGUGGUGGUGGUGGUGGUGGGCCAGCUGGAGGCGGUGGUGAUAGUGGUGGUGGUGAUGGUGGUGGGCAUCAUUAG